AUGGACUACCAAAAUACUAUAUACUACAAGCAUCAAAACGCUCAAGAGAAUUACUUCGAAUUGAAUCAGUUCGACUUCGAGCCUGAACCUCAAGAAGCUUGCACCGCAGCACGUCAAGUGUCUGAGAUGUUUUUUAACAGUGUGUAUCCCACGGUCGCCCCAACAAUACCAGUUCUCAAUGAACAAAAAUUCAUCCCCAAUGAAUCAGCAUUUCUGGCUCCAGACUUUGGCUUCCUUCAGUUAGACAUACCAAAGGGGCCAAUCAUGGGCCCAUUCUAUCCACAAACCAGAGAUAUUCUGGUUCAAGAGGAAACUUAUUCGGAAUAUGCAAAUAAUUUCCAACCUUUGAGCAAAACUCUCAAACAUUCAAACGCCAUACCUACUGAUUUGAUUCCUAUAUUGGAAUUUGACCUCUCUUCGCAUAAUUUGAGGAGUAGCGGCGAAGGGCCUAUACAAAGAAACUUACCUCGCGCUAAUAUUAUUCGAUUUAGAAGCGAAGAUUCCAUAGAUCCCUUAUCUCCAGAUAGAUAUCAUAGCUACCUGAGUGGAAGCUCAGUCCUUACUUUUGACAAUAUGGGUUCAAACGGGUGUCUCUCAAACUACUCCAGUACAACUGUUGAAAAUGAUGUUAUAACCAGGCCUCAAGACUUUGAGAAAUACAUACAUGGCAAGGUUGAACAUUCCGAAGCAUUUUUCAAUCCCUCUUAUCAAAUUGACUCGGCGCGUGUUUGUAAGGGCCCUGGUACACCAGUUGAUGUUUCUCCCUAUGAGAGUUCUGAUCGUUCUGAACUUUCGACACUGAAAAAACUACAAUCAUGGGAAAGUUCAGAGUUCGAAACAAAAAGUACCACUAGUAUUGCAUCAGAUAGAGAAGAAUAUAGGGCGCUUGCUGCUGAGAAGUCCACAGAAAUUGAACAAAGCACACAAUCGAAGAACAAAACUGGAUUUAUGAGGAGCCGGAGCCACAAAUGUCAUGUAUGUCAAAAAACUUUCAAGCGGCCGUCCUCAUUCAGGAUUCAUUACGCUAUUCACACUGGCGAAAAAGACUACCAAUGCGAUUGGCCUGGUUGUGGCAAACUAUUCAAUGUCAAGUCUAACAUGACCAGACAUCAGAAGGUCCACUUGAAAAAGGUGGGCAAAAAACGGUAG